GGGUAGAUAAGCUGUCUUAUCAACGCAUGCCAACUCAAAGCCCUAAGCCCUACAUUCCCAAUACGGCACCCCCCCAGCUGGGGGUGGAGCAAAGCGUCAUCGCAACUAGCGGCCGUGCCUAGGCCGUUGCCGUUGCCGCUGCUUGUUGUUGUUGUUGCCCCCUCGUGGAUCAUCCUUAUCGAUGGCGGUCUCUGCGAGAUUGGUCUUUGAGAUAUCAUAUCAUAUCAUUUCUGCUUUUGCUGUUUAAUAAACUUUUUGUCAACAGAUUCCCCCUUGCAUUGUGAUGAGAUGACCAGCGAUCCUGCCCGUUCCGGUCUGCAUCCGUUUUCGCAUCUCAAAGCUGGUCCAACAACCUCCAGCUCAAGGUCGACAGCACAGCCUGCCUCCUCGAGUUUGCAGCCACACUCUCCGACGACUUCAAAUCGGCCUCGUCUGGCAAAGAGUUCUAGUCGUGAUGAUCAGAUUGACGCGGCAAGUGAGAAGGCAACUGUUAAUUUGAUCCGUCGAGUCCUGUGUCCUCAGACGGGCAAUUACGGUGGUUCAACCCCGCAGCCUCUGGAAGAGCUGCUACCUCCUCUUACGAGUUCAAAUGAUGUGGACCGUCAGCUCUAUGCUCUCAUCGCCAUAAUUAUUAGAGAGUUCGUUUAUUCAUGGUAUUCGAAAAUCACGUCGGAUCAGGUCCUCGUCAAUGAAGUCCUCCAAGUGAUCGCCCAUUGCACCCGUGCUCUCGAGCAGAGACUGCGACAAAUAGAUGUCGCACAAGUGAUUCUAGAUGAAAUCCCUGCUCUGGUAGAAACCCAUAUAGCUUCAUAUAGACUGGCAAAACAGCAAUCUAAUCUGUCCGGCCUAACACCUUCUACUCGUGUGAUAUAUCAUUCCUUGCAUCCGCAUCCAGGUCUCUCGCCAGUUCCAGAUCCCUCUGAUACCGAAACCAUUGCCCAACAGUGUGAAAACGAGGCCCUGUAUCGACAGCUUCUAGUGCAUGGUACGCUGGCCGUGCUCCUCCCGACGGAAGACCUCGAGAAUGUUUGUAUGCAGACAAUUGUUGGAGAUGUUCUAGCAGAUCUCAUUAUAGGAAACGGAGUUGACGGGAAGGUUUCUGAGGGAUGGUUCUUGUGGGAGAGUAUCACUAAGAUUCUAGAUGGAGUGGAACAGCGUAUCUCUCGUGAUGAGGGUGGGCAAACGGCUCAAGAGUCCCGACAAAAUCAAUUGAAAAAGUUUGGCUUGCUCUCGACAGAAGAGGAUUUCCAGAACGACCAUUCGACGAAGGCCCAGUCGCAAAUUUCAAUUUGGUUCUGGAGCAUCCUUCAAUAUGCCUACCUAACUUACGUUGCCUUGCGUUUCAUUGCCACAGGCUUAUUACAGACUGCAUCUACCCCGCCAACGAACCCUUUGACCUCUGCGUAUCCAACUUGUCAUACCACUGAAGCGCUCUCAUCGCCGGGCAGCGUCACGGGAAAGCGGCCCGUCCUCAACUACCGCAUAUGUAGUAUGCUCUCACAACUUAUGGAUCUUCCCCAACGGAUGCCAUGGCUGGGAGGCUUCCUUGCGCUCGUCCAAUACUUGAUUCUGGCGGGGCCAGGCAGGCUGGGCGAUACGGACAGUGUUCUUGAUAGAUUCCUUCACGAGACCAUCAAAAACUAUGUACUUACCCCCACCUUGUUGCCCAACCUCUUACUUGCCUCUAGGACGGCGCUUUUCCCAUCAAAUGCCCGUCCAAUUCAGGUAACAAGCCUAAAUGGCAUAAAUCGAACCCCGGUUUCUGCUCCGCACAUGCCGGUGUCUUCCCCGACGCCUACUAAGGAGGGAGCCCCUUUCAACAAUGCAACCGGGAAGAGCAAUACCAGUAGUGGAGCUUCUGUGCCUAUGGUAGAGCCAGUUUCUUCUGCGGCGCAGGACAACCAACAGAGACCAUCCGCGUCUGAGAUCGCAGCUAUCAAGCGACGAUGUGCAUUGAGCAUCUUAUCAUUGGUUCCACAACGGGUUGCACGAUCCUUAUUUGGAAUUCCAACAGAUGCUACCAGCACUUGCAUUGACGGUCAAGAGAAGUGUCUCAACACCAACACCAACGCCAUUACCCAUGACCAGAAGCUACAGAAGGAGCUGCGGUCCCCUGCUUCCGCGAACAAUGACACAGAAGAAUCGCUCCUUGCGGCUAUCGAAGGGGAACUUUUGGAUCUUUUCGCCGACGAAUAUUGCAACAAACAUCUGAUCUACUCGGUCAUUGAGACCGUCUUGGCGAAACUUCUUCCUGAGCUGUCGGAACGCAGCAUAGGGGAACUGAUGGAAGACAGGGGUGUGUCUCCAGCUACGAGUUGACCAAUCUGAUUGCAUGAAAGACGGGGGCUACUAGUUUUAAGACAUAAUGUUAAUGAUACCACCAUGUGUGAAUCGGACCUGGCUCGCAUAACGUGGAAUGAUGAUUGACACCAAGAAAUUUCUUGGAAGUAGGUAACCUGUCAAGGCGGGAAAUAUCCCAGGGCUAUCCAUCCAGACCCGCCGGAGUAAUAGUAUAGAACAGCCAACCUAUAUCCAGUGCUGAAAAAUAAAAAAGAAACAAUACGUAAUUGUUACAAGGUACAGGCAACCAAUAGAAAAAAUAAGAGAUAAAAAUAAAAAAAGACGCAGAAAGUGCACUGCACACUGCAGGGAAUAAGCCC